AUGAAUCAUUGUGACGAUUACUUUCAACUCUCUGAGACUGACAAUUCUAACAUACAAGCCAUUAAAUCUAAAUGGCGAUUCCACAACAAUUCCCUUCAUGGGUAACCAUAACUUAAAAUUGAUUUCGAAGAACAACCUCAAAAAUCGUUUCAAUUACCUGAUGUCUUUUUGACAACAAGACAAAAUCAACCUAAAGUUUAACACCAUCAUAUGACUUAGUAAUCGUUUCAUGAGAUCCCCAAAAAAAGUAGAAAAGGAAGCAAGAUCAGUUUAAGCAGUUUAGAGGUUUCACCCAAAAUUCCCAUCUUAAAUAAAAGCAAAGAAGAGAAAUUUAAGGAAUUAUCAGAUUUACAAAAGAGUUAUUCUUAAUACAAAAAAUCAUUUCAUAAGGUCAAGAAUUAACAAUAAACGCAAUAAUUAAAUACUUCAGCAUAUUUACAACAAGAAUCAUCAUUUAUGUUCAACGGAGUCAAGUUACCCUACAGUUUAUACAUGAUUAAUAAGAAUAGACAAUUGGCUAUUAGUAGUAUAAUGUAAAAUGCGAGUGCGUAAUUGUAAGAAUAAUCGAAAUAAUAAAUCGAGAUGAUCGAUAGUCAAAUAAAACAAGUUCGGAAUGAACAUCAGAAUAAGCAAAAGGUGAGAGAGUACAGAAGCCGAUCCUUCCUGCAAAAUGCCUACUACUCGAUGUUAUGUGUGAACCAGGAUUCCAAGAAGCGUCUAAAGAGGAUAAUCCAGGGAAAAUUUCCAAUGGAGUCUCGGUUUUAGCAGUUAUGA